GAAGAAGGAAGUGACGUAAUUGAGCAUCCGGCUGUGCGUCGCUCUUUUCGUUAAGGCGCAGCUAGCGGCCGGCCUGCAAACAUGCAGAUCUUCGUGAAAACCCUGACGGGGAAAACCAUCACUCUUGAGGUCGAACCCAGCGACACCAUCGAAAAUGUCAAAGCAAAGAUCCAGGAUAAGGAAGGAAUUCCACCUGAUCAGCAGCGUCUGAUCUUCGCUGGUAAACAGCUGGAGGAUGGGCGCACACUAUCUGACUACAACAUCCAGAAAGAGUCCACUCUGCAUCUGGUUCUGCGUCUGCGUGGUGGUAUCAUCGAGCCUUCACUCAGACAGCUAGCCCAGAAAUUCAACUGUGACAAGAUGAUCUGCCGAAAGUGCUAUGCUCGUCUGCACCCCCGUGCUGUCAACUGUCGCAAGAAGAAGUGUGGACACACAAACAAUCUCCGCCCCAAGAAGAAGCUAAAGUAGAUUUUCAAUGAAAUCUGGCAUUUUGUGUUCAAAUAAAUGUUAGAAUAUAACGGUC